UUUUUUAAUAUGUUGACACCCACUUUUUCUGCUAUAAAAUCCCAGCCAAAACACCUUCUUUAACCCCUCCUCUCUUUUCGCCUUCCUUUUCUCUCUAAUUCUUCUUCCUUUCCUCUGUUUUUUUGGUUUCAAGUUUUUCUUGGAAUCUCCACCACCCAAAAUCUCCCAAAAAAGUUUUUUUUUUUUCUUCUACUAAACAAAAUCAUAAAAGGGGUUUUUGUUUUUAAAUCUUUUAAACUAAUCUUAAUGCUACCCCAAUUAUUUUUAAUUUUUGAAAUUCAUGUCUGCAAUUCUGAGUGAACUGUUUCUUUCGGGGUUUAUGAUAAAUUCCACAUACAGGCGCAGGACCCAUUUGGUGCAAUCUUUCUCUGUUGUUUUUCUCUACUGGUUUUACUUCAUUUCAUAGCCCCGCCAGCUUAAUAGCUACUACUUUUAUAUAAUUUUAUUAAUCUAUAAAAAUAAAAAAACUUAAAUCAAAAAAAAUAUUUUUCAUUCUGCUCUGUUUUUUUAAAAUUAAAAACUCCAUCUGGGUCCUGCUAAUUUUAACUUUAUUGAAAUUAUUCUUGAAAAAAUUUGGGUCAUGGCUUCGUCAAGUGGUACAUCAUCAGGUUCAUCGUUUUUACAAAACUCAGGUUCAGAAGAAGAUCUUCAGCAAUUAAUGGAUCAAAGGAAGAGAAAAAGAAUGAUAUCGAACCGCGAAUCAGCAAGAAGAUCAAGAAUGAGAAAACAGAAACAUUUGGAUGAUUUAAUGGGUCAAGUAUCAAAUUUAAGAAAAGAAAAUAACCAGAUUUUGACAAGUAUGAAUGUUACCACACAACAUUAUCUUAAUGUUGAGGCUGAAAAUUCAAUAUUGAGAGCUCAAUUAAGUGAACUUAGCCGUAGGCUUGAGUCACUUAAUGAAAUCAUUGCAGUUUUGGAUGCAAACAACAAUUGUAAUGGACUUGUCAUGGACCACAAUGAGCCUUAUAGCUUCAAUUUUGUUCAAAAUGACAUUAUGCUUGAUGGGUUCAACGUGACCAAUUCUUGGAAUUAUCUAUCUGCCAAUCACCCCAUUAUGACUGCCGAUGUCUUGCAGUACUGACGUGGCAAUAUUAGUCGAGCCAAUGAAUUUCAAAAAAAAUUUAGUUAAUUUCGGAUAUCACAUGGUUGGUGAGGGAAAAAAAAAAAAUCAAACAGAGAGAAUCCUCUUUUUAUGUAUUAUUAUCAUCAUGUAGUAGAAAUAUUAGUGAUCUUGCUAAGAUUUCUCUUUUGUCAAGUAGUAGUAUUAUUAUUUUAUUAAGAAUAAAUCCUCUCGAGGAAUAUAGGUGUUCUUGUAAAUGUGGGGUUUGUAAUCUCAUUUUCAGUUUCCUUGAA